AUGGCACCCUCCGUCAUCAUUGACAAUGACUCCGAUUUCACCCCGAUGCAUGCAUCAACAGAGGCCCCCCCCUCUCCCUCUCACCCCAGAACUCUCCUCCUCGCGCCGCCGUCCAUCUCCAGCCACGAAGAGAACCUGCGCAAUGUCCUAGCCUCACACAACAGAUCUGUCACCGACUUGCAAAUGCUCGACCGCCUCUCGGCUGGCCUUGUCACCCUCCCCGAUUCCACCUACGACCUAAUCCUCAUCCUCACUGACGCUGACGGAACGCGGACCGAGUCCUCUCAAUUGCUUGGCCGCGAUGUCCUCGGCAGAAUUGCACAAGCUCUGAAGGCAGGCGGCAAGUUACAGGCACAGGAUGGAACCUUUGGACAAGGUGUAACGGCGCCAGAGCGUCAAGAAGGAAUCCUAGCUGGUUUGAUCGUUGACGGUAGUGGAAUGGCCAAGCCAGAUUAUGGUGCGAGUGAUGCGGUGCCUUUACGUCUACGGAGGAAGGAGAAGAACGGCGUGGUUUCCAGUGCAGGGCCUCCGGUGGCGACGGCGGCAGUUCAACUGAAUGGCAAGCGGAAGGGCGUUGAUAUGGCCCCGAGCAAGCCCGUAGGUAUUGGAUUUGUUGAUUUCAGUGACGAUUUUGGAGAUCCCAUGAUUACCGGAGAAGACGAUGACGACGAUCUUAUUGAUGAGGAUACAUUGCUUACAGAGGAAGAUCUCAAGAGACCCGUGAACAUUCCUCCGGAGUGUGCCCCAAGAGUUGGUAAGCGUCGUCGAGCAUGCAAGGACUGCACCUGUGGACUCGCCGAGAAGAUUGCAGCCGAAGACGCAGCCAAGCGGUCAAAUGCUGAUGCCCAGCUCAAGACCCUUAAACUUGGCGUCGAUGACCUUGCUGAGGUAGACUUCACUGUUCAAGGCAAGGUUGGAUCUUGUGGAAAUUGCAGCUUGGGAGAUGCAUUUCGGUGUGAUGGUUGCCCGUAUAUUGGGAUGCCAGCUUUCGCUUUUAAGCCGGGCGAGGAAGUCAGACUUCUGAACAACGAGUUCCAGCUGUAG